AUGACCGAAGAGGAAAACGUGCAUUUGAGAAGAACGACCGCCGACUUACCUCCCACCCCUCCCGACUCCGAGGAUGGCGGUCCAGAGAAGGCAGGCACUGAGAUCGCUGCUUCCUCGUCGACUCCCAGCUUUCCACUACCACCGCCAACCUCAACACCCACACAAGUGCUUGAUCCGGACAAGAAAACACCCGACUCAUGGCUUCCAAGAGAUCCACGGCUGAUACGACUGACUGGCGUCCAUCCCUUCAAUGUCGAAGCUCCCUUGACAGACCUCUUCAAUGAAGGCUUUCUGACAAGUCCGGAGCUCUUCUACGUGCGAAAUCACGGGUAUGUCCCCAAUUGCGAGGAUGAAGAUGUUCUCAACUGGGAGUUUUCUAUUGAAGGGAUGGUGGAGCAUCCUAUCGCGAUGACGUUACGAGAUCUGCUGGAUCAGUAUGAGCAGCGAACCUACCCCAUCACAUUAGUCUGUGCCGGCAACAGACGCAAGGAGCAGAAUAUUGUGCGCAAGACAAAGGGCUUCUCCUGGGGUGCCGCUGGCGUCUCGACCGCUCUCUUUACGGGCGUGCCUCUGGGGGAGCUAAUACACAGAGCCAAGCCCAAACGAGGUGCGAGAUACCUGUGUAUGGAAGGCGCAGACAAGCUGCCCAAUGGCUGCUACGGGACUUCGGUCAAGCUGAACUGGGCCACUGACCCGAACAAAGGGAUGAUGCUGGCACACGCUAUGAAUGGUGAGAUGCUGCGACCGGAUCAUGGCAAGCCUCUGCGUGUCGUCAUUCCCGGCCAGAUCGGCGGACGUAGCGUAAAGUGGUUAAAGCGAAUAGUCAUAACCUCGGAGCCGAGCGACAACUGGUAUCAUAUCUACGAUAAUCGGGUCCUACCGACAAUGGUUUCUCCGGAGGAAGCGGCUAAUAACUCCACGUGGUGGAAGGACGAGCGGUACGCAAUCUAUGACUUGAGCACCAACUCUGCUAUUGCACAGCCUGCUCAUGACCAGCAACUAUGUCUUGUAGGCUCAGAGCCAGUGUAUAGAGUAAGAGGGUAUGCCUACGGAGGUGGCGGGCGAAGGGUAACCCGCGUCGAGAUAACCUUGGACAAAGGCAAGACAUGGAGGCUGGCCAACAUCGAUUAUGCCGAAGACCGGUACCGAGAAGCGAGAAGACAGAACCUCUGCGGCGGCGUGCUGGACUUGUGGGACCACGAGGCUUCUUUCUGCUGGUGCUUCUGGAACCUCGACAUCUCGCUCGAGGAGCUUGGUCAAUCGAGCGACAUUUUCGUGCGGGCAAUGGACGAAAGUAUGAACAUUCAACCGAGAGACAUGUAUUGGAGCGUUCUUGGGAUGAUGAACAACCCAUGGUACAGAGUCACAAUCACCAAAGAGAACGAUUAUCUGCGCUUCGAACAUCCCACACAGCCGGCUCUUCUACCUGGAGGCUGGAUGGAGCGGGUGAAGAAUGCCGGCGGAAACUUGGCAAACGGCUAUUGGGGCGAACAGAUCGGUGGCGAAGAAGUGCCUGAACCGGUGACUGAGGCGGCGGCGGCGGAGGUGAAGAUGACGAAGGACGGGUUGAACAACUUGAUCACGGUCGAUGAACUGAGGAAACACGACAAGGAGGAGAACCCAUGGUUUGUCGUCAAUGGAGAAGUAUACGAUGGGACCGACUAUCUCAAAGACCACCCUGGCGGCGCAUCCAGUAUUACUGCAGCGGCCGGUAUGGAUGCGACAGACGAGUUUGUGGCGAUACACAGUGAAACUGCGAAAGCAAUGCUAAUAGAACAUCACAUUGGCACUCUGGAUGAAAAGGGCAAGGCCGCACUGGCUGGUGAAGAGGGCCAACCUGAAGUAGAUUCCGAGCCAACAGCAGUCUUCCUGCAACCUCGCGCAUGGCGAAAGGCCACUCUUUGCAACAAGAAAACCGUAUCUUGGGAUACUCGCAUCUUUUCAUUUAAGCUCGACCACGGCGAGCAGACGUUGGGCUUACCAGUCGGCCAACACCUGAUGAUCCGGCUACGGGACCCGGUGACACGAGAAGCUAUCAUCCGGAGCUACACUCCAAUCUCUCAGACGACGCAGAAGGGCACCAUGGACGUCCUGGUUAAAGUGUACUUCAACACCAACGAGCGCAAAGGUGGCAAGAUGAGCCAGGCCAUGGACGCACUCCCUGUCGGCCAUUUUGUGGAGUUUAAAGGGCCUAUAGGCAAGUUCCGUUACCUGGGACACGGCCGCUGCACGGUGAAUGAUGUUGAAAGGCGGAUCAAGACAUUCAUCAUGAUAUCCGGCGGCAGCGGCAUCACGCCCAUCUAUCAGGUGUUCCGGGAAAUCAUGCAAGAGCGGUCGGACGACACAAGAUGUGUUGUCUUAGACAGCAAUCGACUACUCGAAGAUAUCCUAUGCAAGGAAGAGCUUGAUGCGCAUGCAAAGGACAACCACGAGAAGUGCCGAUUAAUGUAUACGUUGACGAGUGCUCCGGAUGGCUGGGAGGGUCUGCGCGGACGGAUAGCUGCGCCAUUGUUGAAGGAACAUGCGAGUAGAAGUGCCCAUGGGGCUGGCGAGGCUAUGGUGCUUGUCUGUGGACCGGAGGCGCUGGAGAAGACUGUGCACAAGGCGCUGCUGGAGGACGGAUGGAAGGAUGAUGAUUUGCUGUUCUUCUAG